GCUUGUCUUUAGGGACCAACCCUGCAGCUCAGUCUGGGGGGUUUUUGUGCCUUUCGGUGGUGAAGAAGAGGCAGCCUAGUUCCUGAAUAGCAGGAAAUGACAGCCCAUGAUCUGACUGAACCUAGAUCUUUGUGGUGAUGGUGACCUGUUCAAGUAAAGCCAGUGAGACUUUGAUUGAGGUAGUUAAUGAGUAACUAGAAGAGGUGCAACCUUCAGCAGACAUUUGCUCAGCUCCUGCUGUAUGACUCGUACAGUGACCAGAAGUAGAGAUCUUUGAGUUUGUUUAUCAAACUAACUGGACUGGACGACAAGAGUCUGUGGAGGAUUUAAUUUUUCUUGCAUUAAGCGGAUUUUUGUUGGUUGAGACUGAAAACAGAGCUGCUAUGGCCGACAUGAACCCUCAGCCUCCAGCCACCGGCUCAAACACUAAGUUUGACCAAGUGCAAGGUCAGGUGAACGAGGUUAAAGUUAUCCUGAAAGACAACAUCAACAAAGUGCUGGAGAGGGGCGACCGACUAGAUGAUCUCAUCGGCAAGACUGACGACCUGCAGGCAUCUGCGGACUCAUUCCAAAGGACGUCCACAAGGGUUGCCAGGAAAUACUGGUGGAAAAACAUCAAAAUGAUGAUUAUAAUCGGGGUGGUGGUGCUGAUCAUCCUCAUCCUCAUCAUUCUCGCUGCCACAAACGUGAUAUAAAUCCCAUCUUUGCCCACUCAGGACUGAAAGUCAUGAAGAUGACGCUCAACCACAGGCGAUUAAUUGCACUCAAGUGAUCAUUUCAGAUCAGAGAGGAGACGUUGUAUAUUUCAGGAUCAAAAUGAGCAUAUAAUUUCGAAGGGAAAACAACUAUUGAUCAGGUCACUCUGUGGUGACGUAAUGCAAAGACAAAAUUCAGAGCAGCAGAGAUUAAAUUUGCUAUGAAGCUGACUGAAAUACUUCUUUAACACUCCAACUGUCAUUCACGUGUGACGCAACACCACUUUGUUAAUGGAACACAAAUCCAAAUGAGUGUUUAUUAUUUUAUUUGUUUCAUUUUUUUUAAUGUCGAAUACACUGUAUAUAUAUAUAUGCUGUAUGUUUAUGACCGUCAAACAAUGUAAUAACAAAAUGUAUUUUAUGACUGAUGACUAUGAUAAAGAGGAUAAAUGGUGACAA